CGAUCAAAUGGCUAACUCUAGUUGGUGCUCCGACCCAUACCCGUUUUCGACAAACCGAAAUUACCCAACAUCUUCAACACUAUCCGACAUCGUGCAUUCCGAUGAAGAGAUCAUAUUGGCAUCAAGUCGACCAAAAAGGCGUGAUGGGAGGAAGAAGUUCAACGAAACGAGGCACCCGAUUUAUCGAGGAGUGCGUCGAAGAAACAACAACAAAUGGGUAUGCGAGGUUCGCGAGCCGAGCAAAAAAACUAGGUUAUGGCUCGGAACUUAUCCCACAGCCGAGAUGGCUGCGAGGGCCCACGAUGUGGCGGCAUUGGCUCUACGUGGACGUGGCAAAGCGUGUCUAAACUUUGCUGACUCGGUCUGGCGUCUGCCGACGCCUACGUCGCCAGACGCCAAAGACAUUAGGAAAGCGGCUGUGGAGGCGGCGGAAGCAUUUAGACCUAGAGAGGAUGCGACGGAUAGUAUAACGUCGGUCGCUUGUGAUAAUCAUCUAGAUGAAUGUUUUUCGAGCGAUAUUAAUGUUGAUGUUACGAGUGAUGUGGUGUAUGUGGAUGAGGAGGCGGUUUUUGAGAUGCCCGCAUUGCUCGAAAGCAUGGCCGAGGGACUUUUGAUUUCCCCACCACAAUAUAGUUGUUGGGAGGAAUCACAAAUUGAAGUUGAUGAUCAAGUUUCAUUGUGGACUUUCUCAAUUUAAGGAUGUUUAAUAACAUUUAUAUUAAGAAGUUUAAGUUAUGGAUAGUUAGUAAUUUUGU